GACGGGAAGCAAACAAUGCAAAACCUGAAUGACCGCUUGGCAGCCUACCUGGGUAAAGUGCAUGAUCUAGAGGAAGCUAACAGUGAACUUGAGAAGAAAAUUGCAGAAUGGUAUGAGAGGUCUGGAGCAGGGACCGGAGAUGGAGAUCAACGUGAUUACAGUAAAUAUUAUGUGACCAUUGACAACUUUAGGAAACAGAUAAUUGCUGCAGUUACAGUCAAUGCAAGACUCGUUUUGCAGAUUGACAAUGCUAGACUGGCUGCUGAUGACUUCAAACUUAAGUAUGACACUGAAGUGACCCUCCGCCAGAGUGCUGAAGCUGACAGCAAUGGCCUGCGUCGAGUCCUGGAUGAAAUGACAAUGACCAGGGCAGAUCUUGAAAUGCAGGUUGAAAGCCUAAAUGAAGAUCUGAAGUAUAUGAAGAAGAAUCAUAAGGAGGACAUGAAUGCUGUGCAGGAUACCACUACUGGAGAUAUUGAUGUACAAAUCAAUGCUGCUCCUGGAGUUGACCUGACUACUCUCCUCAACAAGAUGAGAGCUGAAUAUGAGGCCCUUGCAGAGGAGAACAGAAAAGAUAUUGAGGCAUGGUUCAACGAACAGAGUCAAGAACUGAACAGGCAGAUCAACACCAGUGUUGAAGAGACCAGCAGCAAUAAAAGCGAGAUUACUGAACUGAGACGGAGUUUGCAAAGCCUGGAAAUUGAAUUUCAAUCCCAGUUAUCUCUGAAACAGUCUCUUGAGGCCACUCUAGCAGAGGUAGAAGGUCGUUAUUGUGGCCAACUUUCCCAAGUACAAGGAGUGAUAAGCAAUGUGGAGGGCCAAGUACUGCAUAUCAGGGAUGACAUGGAGAGCCAAAAUAGAGAAUAUGAGCAGCUCCUGAACAUGAAGAUCCGCCUGGAGAAUGAGAUUGAGACUUACCGCAGUCUGCUGGAUGGAGAUGAGGGGUGA